CUCAGGUGUAGCCUGGGUACUUGGUGCUGCUUUGAGUGUAUCUCUGAUUCUUAGUGCCUGAGCCCGGCAAAAUGAGAUCACUCCUCCUCUUUCUCAACUCUGCCUCCUGCCUAAGGAUCCUGCUGCUCUUUCUUCUGUAUUAUGCUGUGAUCAGGCUUGCCAGAUCUGAGGCUUCUCCGAGGAAGAGGAGGCCCAGAAAGACAAAAAAGAAAGCGAAAGCUUUUGGACGCUGUUCAGAAGAGGUGGAGGAGGCUGGUGCAUCCCCAGAGACGUGCUGCCCUGUGCCCCUGGAGAAGCUCCCCUUGGCUCAGAGCCUCUGGCUUCUUGAGAGGAGGCAACAGGACAUGGCCAGAUACCUGGAUGCAGUUCUGAUACCGCCGAGUGUGUCGACAUCUGCCACGAGCCAGUUCUCCUACUCCUCUAGGGAAUCCACCAACUCUGCCCUCUGGAGUCAAAGCUCCUUUUCCCUGAGAGUAGCCUCCAUCAUUCAGUCGGAGCCCCUCUGCCACACAGGGGAGAUCAUGCCCUUCGUGAGCUGGGAAGGAUCCACCCAUCCCAUCCAAGACCAGCCUCUCUCCAGGCCUCCUGCCCACGGCAGACGAGACCGGGGAGAGCAGACCACGGGUCUGGACCAGACUUCAGUCCAUAGCUCAGACUUCGACAUCCAGCAGAAGCAUCUGCAGAGGCGACUGGGGGCUCCACAAACCCCCAUCCCGGGGGAGCCAUUGCUGGGUAAGCGGGACACCAAUCAUCAAUUGGAAGUAGACACAGAUCCGCCCAAAUGUGGAUUCCCUGCAAAGGUCCCGGAGCCCCUCAGAUCCAACACCAGCCCUCAGCGUGCACAGGAGAUCCAGGAGCCAUGUGUCUGCCCCUGGGGACCCCUUCCCCAAAAGGCCCACAGGAUCAUGGCAUCCCCUGAUGCCAUCCUGGCCAGGCUUGUGCCCACAGCGGUGGUCAAGCUGCAGGAUCACGUGGCUCAGAAAUGCUGGCAGAUCCAAACGAAGGCCUUUCCUAAGAUGGUGCGAGAGUCGCACAGAGAUGUUCCCCUCCGGAGAGAGACUGCCCUGCCUGGGCCACUCCACCCCCCUAGGGAGCCAGGCAAGCACAGGACAGCAGCAUUCCCAACGAUGGGACAACAGCCUGACCACCCCGUCGAACUCCACAUAAGGCAUCAGCAUCCGGUCAUGCAGAGGGGGCUGCUCACCCUGGACCCAGAGCCCCUGGCAAAGCUGCCUCACGCCGUCCCAGCCAGGGGAGCCCGUGUGGAGUUCAGUGAGAUGGAGACCGAUUUCCUGCAGACGGGGAGGCGAAGCACAAGCUCCUCUUCUUCCACACAUCCUCUAACGCCAGCGGAAGAUAUCACCAUGGAGACAGGCAGGAAUGAUGGUGCGGCAGGAAAGCAGACUAACCCACAGCGCUGCACUCUGCCAGCAGGGGUGGGUCUGACAUCGCCACCUCCAGGAACCACAGUAGCAGAGAAGACACUCGCAGCGACACUCCAAAUGUAUAGGAGCGAGUUGAGAAAGCCCCUUACCUGUGUGAGCGGCACCAAAGGGACUGAAGAGAAGCUGGAGCUGCACAUGGAGAGGAAGGUUCUCUUGGGAGAAGGCUCCUGCCUGCGGCCAGGGGCACAAGCAGGUGAGAGCAGGGCAGAUCUUCCCAGAACCCAAUGGCACCAGGUUGCCCCAGAGGCACCAGGCUCUGAGCAGCUAACAAGAUCCACCCUUGACUCUCUCAUUGCUGGGCAGGCUGCACACGACCUGCAGAUCAAGCAGCUGACGGAAAUGUUGAGCAGCUCCCGCCCCUUGGCGGGCCAGGUCUCAGUUUGCCAGCAGUGCCGCAAGGCAUAUCCAGGAAAGAGGAAGGGUGAGAAAACUCCAAAGGAGACAUCUGCUGAGCUGCAUGGUGUUCGAGACAUCAUGCAUUCACGUGGGUUCAAUGGAACUGUGAAUUCAAAGCUCUCCAGGGACCAGCCACCAAUCAGAGUCUGCGAGAAGUGUGGUAAGCAUCGACAGAAGAGACCAGCUGGCUCUGCAGGUGCUGACUUGCCGGGAAGAUCCCAUGGAAUUCCACAGCGAUGGACUCCAGGAGACUCCUCAGCAUCAUCCAACCACAAUAAGAUGCCAGUGCUGUGGCUCCUUCCAGUAGACAAGAGCAAGAGGCGGGAUGGAAAGGGGAAAAGGGCUCCCCGCAAGCAACCAAAGAUGGUGUCCAUUGCAACGAGUACAACAGGGCUUUCGCAAGCUGGGGAGAAAGCAAGAGAGGAUUCGCCCUCAUAG